AUGGAAGAGAAACAACUCGAAAGAAAACGCUCUGGGGAAACUGAUCGUGGAAAACAAAGUUUUCUUCAAAGAUUACGUGGAAUUAAUGCAUGCACGCCUGAACGGCUCAACUAUAAAGUCUUAUUCUUUGCUUGUUAUGCUGGAUACGCCUGCUUGUAUACUUUCAUCCCGCUCUAUUUUAAACAGCUGGGCUUAUCCGCCUCGCAGACCGGAAUCCUUAUUGGUCUUCGUCCUUUGUGUCAAGCGAUCGGGGCACCCUUUUGGGGAAUCCUCGCUGAUAAAUACAAAGCUCGGAAACUGGUCCUUCUUCUCGGUUCAUGUGCUUGGCUGAUCAAGAACCUGUUGAUUCUAGCCAUUCGGCCGAGCCAUGAAGUUUGCGUUGCAAAGCCUUUAUCACCUGGAAAUGAAUCUCAGUCGCUAUAUGCGGUCGCACCGUCGAAGGAUGCUAUACCAUCAAUUUCAACUGCCACAAGCAUGUCUCAUAACAAAUACAAAUACUUUGUGCAAGUGGACAACGAUGAACUCGCGCGUAUAUUCUAUAUUUUUCUGGCGCUUGUGCUCGUGGGCGAGCUGUUCGGUUCCAUAGUUCAUCCUCUUUUAGACGGAUGCGCCGUCGAUUACCUGGGUGAUGAGAGAAAAUCAUACGGGCGGAUUCGUCUGUGGGGUUCCGUGGGAAUGGUCAUAGCUAACUUGAUGGCCGGCCUUUUAAUCAAUCAUUACGUUUACCACUACUGCGGGCAGACUCGUAAGGACUAUGCAACUGCUUUUUACCUAUUUGCUGCUUUCAUGGGGGUAACGAUCCUUCUUCUUUUUUUCGUUAAAAUCGUGUAUUCUGAGACACCAAAACAGUCGCUAAGAGAUAUCAAAGAGGUGUUCAAUUCUCGCCUUAAACUCUCUUUCUGGUUUGUGGCGAUUGCUUUUGGAAUGAGCGAUGGAUUUCAAGGCGACUUCAAUUCGUGGUUUCUUGAUGAACUUAAGGCAACAUCUUUUCAGGUAAUGAAUUGUGAUAGUGCAGAAUGUCGUUAAAUGUAAACAAUAUAGGUUGACCGGUGCCUACUCUAAAUGGUGUAUAGUGAUUUAGUUAUAUUUGAGAGCGUACAUUAAAGUACACUCUAAAUCAGAAAUAUCUGUUUUAGCGUAAAAAUAGGGCCGUUUCGGUGAGUAAAAUACAGUCCUAUUUUUGAGUCUAAUUUGGCUCUCUUAAAUCAGGGCCAAUACAGUCCAAUUAGCUAGGGCUGACUUGGUCCCAGGGUUGAAAUGGGCCCUACCGUGAGCUGGAAUAACCUUUUGAUUGAGCUCUUUUGGCCUAAAUUGUGCACAGAUGGCUCCAGGAAGGGAUGAAUGAGACUGGCCUGCAGGGCUGAAACAGAUCUUUUUAAUUUUCAGUGUAAGUUAAAUUCUUUAACGUUCUUUAAAAGUAACCUUCCAAACAAAGUUUUCACCAGGGUAAAGGCAAUUAGUUUAAACAUGCUCUAGCGUGCGUGGCAGGCGCGCGAGGCAGGUGUGGAAGGCGUUCGAAAGGAAUGGGAGAAAGUUGGUUAUGCGUAAACACCAUGGGCAAGAUGGUUCCCUUUUUGUACAAGACAAGACAAUGUUUUAUUUGGAGUCUUAUACAUCUCCCUCGCGUGCGCGCACGCGCUCGCGCGUCUUUCGGGCCUCACGCACCUGAAUUUCCCCUUUCUCUAUCCCUGUCGAGUGCCUACAAGGUUGGCGAAACAAUCUUUGGACGGGAGAGUCAUUUGGCUACGAGAAGAGGGCAGCAAAAUGGCUGGAAGUUUUUCGUGCUCCUGACCUUCGAGGAGGAGCUGUCUUACCACGGCUCCCUCCUCGUGAGAUUACGGAUUUGACAAAUGAAAACCACACGUAAAUAUCAGUAUAAAAGAAAAUCGAGGGGGAACCCCCGGGGGGAGGGGGCUACUCCCUAUAAUGGCCUAUACGGGGAGGCUAUGCCCGAAAGGGGGACCUUUUUCAAGCCUCAGGUAUAUGAAAGGGUAGGGAUUUUGUACUCGUUAAAUUAUAUGAAAGGGUGGGAAAAUCUGUCAGUUAGGUCUGUGAAAGGGCCUAAAAGGGCUAACAGAUGAAUUUUAUGGCUUUAUAAAGUCGAGAAAACUUUUUUUUUUUGCGAUUGAUUCCUAUUUAAAAGACAGUGCAUUUACAGCAGUUAAAAGGGAUGCAAAGUUCUAAUCAAGGUUUGUGAAAGGGUUACCAUUUGUCAAUAGAAGGCAGUACACGAAAGGGGUACCAUUUUCGUGAAAAAUGGUAUAUAAAAGGGUAAGGGGUGGGACCUCGGGGCAGAGCCUGCCUGUAUAAAAUGUGUUGAGCCCCCCCCGGGGGGAGGGAACUUAGGCUAAGUUAAACAAUCACCAGAAGCCCAUUAUGAGCUCCUGAAGUCAGCUAAGAGGUGUGUAAAGCUCAGAUUUCCCUCAAAAGAUGAUGUUUUUCACAUCCUCAUGCAUAGCACAUGAAACAAAAUCUUUUCCAAUAUGUUUAUCCAAGUUUUCGUUCUAUCCUUCCAGGUAGGGCUGGCAGCAGCCUUGCAUUUCACCACAAGCGCCCUGUGUUACUUCGCGGCGAACUAUUUCCUGGAAAUGCUUGGAUAUUUCAAAACCAUCGCUAUCGGGAUGGCCUGUUACUGUAUAGUGUUCAUAUGCUACUCUUUCACCCAUAGCCCAUGGGUGGCUCUUGCCCUCUUUGCAGUAAUCGGUGGAGUAUUUGCAGUCACGUGGACGGCGUGUGUAGCCUACGUAGGAUCAAUCUCGACUGCUAUUGGUUUAGGAGCAGCAGCACAAGGUAAAGACAAUGUAGUAUAGCUGAAGAAUGCAAUUGCCUGAUUUCAAACCGAGGGAGGCUGGAUACGAGUCUGUUUAUUGUGGGAUAAACCACUCGAGAUCGACAAAAUCACAAAGACGAAAACGAGAUUUGCAAAGUUCAUGUUUUGUGUUUGUCGGGCCUAUAUGAACGAGAUACAGCCAUUCAAAAACUACAAAAUUUACCAAGAAAUAUCGACGUCCGGCAUUUCAAGUGUUUUAAUAGCUGUGUCUUGAUCAAUAUCGGCUGUUGACAACAAACUUGAGAAUUUUCCUUACCUCAGUGUGCUUUUUCUGACUGUGUGGGUCCCAUGUUUUUUACCCCAUAAUACACGGACUAGUUCCUAGUCGUCACCCUCGGUUUGAAAUUAGGCAAUGAAACCUAUACUUAAGGGCCGAGUACAGGUCACACUGUUGUGACUACCAAUUAUUUCUCUUAUAGUAAAAUUCAUCUAUGCACGUGUAGUAUAUUUAAAAUUCUAUCAGGAUUCUACUUUUCAGUUUUCUGUUGUUCGUUGCAGAUAAUUUCUGUACCUGUUUUCCUCCAAAUAAAAUUCAUAGAUCAGGGUACUUAGACCAUACCCACUGGUUAGUCAGGUGUAAAGUAAAAUACACCCAUGUUUUUAUUUUGCUGAGGGGACGGGGAAUGCGUCGAAAUUUAAAGCACAAGUCGCCAUAGGUCAUUUGCAUCAUGGCGUCCUUUUUCCUCUCAUAUUUAUUUUUGUAGUCUAGGCGAGGUGUAAAACAACAAAAUCAAGAAAAACAACGAGAUUUCACCAUUUGAAAAGUCGAUUUUUGAAAAGGUCCCACUGCGUUGUUUGUCUCUCUGGCAACGUGUUUUUGUACCGUGAAAUUUUAAACAGUUAUUGGAUUUAGUUUUGUGAUAUCCGGAAUAAUGAUAAUAACACUUUUUGAGACCUUGAUAAUUAAGGAUAUCACAAAAACCGAAUCUAUUAAUCGUUUUAUUAUACACUGUUUUGAUGAAAAUAACGAAAGCACAGCGUCGCACGGAACACACUUUGCGCUGUGGUUAGAAAUCAUGCACUGCCCACCCAACCUACAUUUUUGUAGGUUGCGCUGAUUUAAAAAAAAUACUUGUUGGCUCUUAGCCAAUGAGAAGACAGAGAGUAAGUACAAUUUUUGAUAAAAACAGCUAUCUGUUUAAUUUUUCUCAUUUUACAGGUAUUCUGAAUGGACUGUUUGUAGGUGUUGGUAACGGAUCUGGCACCAUGCUUGGCGGUUUGCUGGUCAGCAAAACUGGAAUUCGUGUAGCGUACAGACUGUUUGCUGCUUUCCUUGCCUUAGUAAUGUUGUUGUUUCUUGCUUGCCAAUGGCGGGGAGAAAACACUGAUGAUAAAACAUCGUAUCGAGCGCUACCGAACAAGGACGAGGAGUAUUCUAAUGAGUAG